CCGCGCGACAGAGUAAGAUGGCGCCAGCGGGCCGCGGGGAGCGGCGGACUCCAGCGCACUUCGUCUACGUGACCCGCUUCGGCUCGCACCAGUGUGGCUGCGUGUUGCAGCUGGGUGGCCCUCGGGUUUCCGGCCGCGGAUGGUCAAGGCCCGAGACCCGCGGAGGCCCAAAGGAACCGCGGGAGGCGGCGGCAGGGUUCCUGAGCGGCGGCGAGCUGCCCGCGGGUCCCGAGCGCAGGGUCCCCGCGGGCCGUGCCGGCAGGUCCCGGCUGCGGGCGUCGAGCGCGCCAGGCCGCCCCGGCCCUGCAGGUGUCAUUCAGAAAGAUGCAGCUAAAAAGUUUGAUUUUCCUAUACCAGUGAAUGAAGCCUCCAAAAUAAUGAAAAAAAGGAAAAAGGUUUCAGUAUGGAACAGUGUUUACAAAGUCAUUUCUAGAAUGCUUGAAGAAAAUGAAAAAUAUAGACUCAGGCUGAAAUGCCAGAAGUUAUCUAGUGAAAACUCAGAUUACACAAGAUGAAUCUCAUGCUCAUCUUUUGUUUUCGGCGGACACAACAUCUUUGUUUGUAUGUGGUGCUGAGGAUCGAACCCGGGCCGCACGCAUGCCAGGCGAGCACGCUACCGCUUGAGCCACAUCCCCAGCCCUCAACUUGUCCUCUUGAUGCAACCAGGAGAUGCAGUAAACACAAGAUGUGUGAGGUUGCUACUGGCAUAACAGUAGACUUGUAUACUUUAAAACAACAACAAAGCAUAGUAUAGUAAAUAUAUAAACCAUUAAAGUUAUUAUUAUUACUGUGCAUAAUGUAUGUGCUAUACUUUACUAUAUUUUUUCUUUUGCAAUGCUGGGGAUCAAACCUUGGGCCAUAUGCAUGCCUGCAUGCACUCUACCACUGAGCUACAUCCCCAGCCCUGUGCUGAUUUUUAUAUGAUUGGUAGAACAAUAGGUUUGUUUAUACCAGCAUCAUCACAAACACGUGAAGAAUGCAUUGUGUUAGCAUGUCUGUGAUGUCACUGUUGUGUAUGAAAUUUGUUGUUGGCCAAGAUAUUAUUAUGUGAUGUAUGAUUUUAUUUUCAUGUUCUGUUUUGGACUCUGUGGUAGAUGUUUUAUGCUUAGAUGUGCAGGGCAGGAAGAGGAGGAAAAUGAAAGAUUUUAGUGAAUACAGAAUGGAGAAGAAAUAUGUCAAUAUUUCCAAUAAUCGUUCAGCCAUUUAUUUCAGAUCACUCAGAUGAUUUCAAAUGAACUUUGGAAUUAUGAGGAAAUAUCAGUGGGAUCUUCUAACACAGAAGUAACGGAAGGUUUUUUUUUUUUUUUUUUUUUUUUUCAUCUAAUGCAACAUGAAGAAAGGCUAACGUUUUAGAAAAGUCUUGAGUAAUCUAGGACCCUUCAGGAAACAGGUUUAUAAAACAGUAAAAUAAUAGUUUAGAACAAGGGAACAGGCUUGAGGGAGCAGGGAGGCUGAAAACUCUGGGAGUGGAUGGGGGAGUAGCACUGCACAGCCUUUUACUAUGGGGGAACACUUGAUGAGGCAGAGGUAUGCCACUGGAGUAGUAUCUACGUUUCUAAGUGGGGAUCAUAGCUAUGUGCUGGUAGUAUACAGAAGGAUUCACCUGAAUCCUCAGAGUUUGCAAAGGUGGUCUAUUCUUAGCUUGUGUUGGAAGGUGGUGCAGGAGCCCCACCUUUAAGGCAAGAGAUGUCCUUCUCGGGAACUGCCUCACUUCUCUGUCUAAUUAGGAUUAAGUCCUAGUGUAACCCAACUGGAAAAGUACUCGGCCAGAUAAAGGAAGAAGGAGAGAAAACAUAGAAAGCUCUUUAAGAGUUAGUUAGCAUGUAUUGGCAUGAACAAGGGACAUAUCUGGGAUGGAUGUUGAGACUGCAUGAUCAAAGAGGCUAGAAUUCAAGCCUAUAGAUAAUCAGUGAUCCACGUACUUUGGGACGCUUUUUUAGAUGCUUGGGAAAAAAAAUACUUAGGAAUAUUGAUCAAAGGUUCUGAGUUGACAUUGAUACUUAGAACUGCAAAGCAUCUUCUAGGCACCCCUAUUAGAAUGGAAUCUUCUAGGAAUGAGGUAAUAAAUGGAAUCCUGACUAAAGUCUGGUGCACAAUGCACCCACUGGGUUUAUAAACCUACCCAGUAGUCACUUCCCCAUUUCCCAGGUAUGUAACAGGAGUUGAAGUACCUGGUGGUUGAAGUAACCCCCACAUUGGAUACUUGUCCUGGGCAGUAAGAGUUAUAUUGGGAAAAGAUGAGUGGAAAUAUCUAAAAUUGUCCCACUGCUCCUAGAUAAGAUAUUAAAUAAAGAGCAAGAUGAUGUUUUACAGGUGUGGAAGGAUGGCAAAGAUUAUAGCUACAAUGAAAAUGUGAAAGACUGUAGACUACUACAGACUUCGUUGAACAGUAGCCCUGAUCACAGCCUCUGUGUUAGACAGACAUCAUUGGUAGAGUAGGAACAUGGUAUUGAUGUGGUAAAUGCAUUCCUUUCCAUCCUAAUCAGAGAAGGACAGUUUUUAAAGUGAUACAUUUAUCACCUAAGAACAUUGAUUAUAUCAGCCCAUAUAUUAGGUGACAUGGAAAUUUGUCAACUUAAGUGGAAACCAGUGCAGAAAAGAGCUCUGUAGCAGGUCUGGGCUGUGGUGUAAGUAAUCCUGCUGCUUGGGUCAUAUUAUCUGGCAGAUCUUAUGGUGUUGAAGAUGUCAGUACUGGAAAAAGAUGUAAUGUGUUGCUUAUGGAAAAUCUUAGACAGGUCCUAUAAUGGGAUUAUGGAUCAAAAUCAUGCUGCCCACAGCACAAAAUUAAAUGCCUUUUGAAAAACAGCUUCCGAUAUGUUUCUGGACUCUGGUAGAGACAAAUUGCCUAGCUAGGACGCACCAAGUAUGUAUGCACCUGGAACUUUGUGAAUAGGAUUCUUUUGGAACCCAUCAAGUCAAAAGCAACAGCCUUGGGUUGUUGGGGCACAUCAGUACGGCCUCAGGAGGGGAGAAGUCUGGGGUCCUGAUUCAGCCUUUAAUGAUGUGGGUAUGGUGAGGGCCCCCGUUUCUUCCAUGGCACUUGGCUGGAGUGCAGUGGUUAUUUCCUUAAAUUUUGUCUCGCUAGGCUAUCCCUUUCUUGGUUUUCUGGGGGCAGGGGUGGAUUGUUAGGGUCCGUAAACAAGUCAAGAUGGCACUUGGCAUUUUGCCAGAGGGAGUGGUUUGUGAAGUAACGCCAGCGAGCCAUUAAGAUGAUAGAGAUUCCUUAAUGACUGACUGCUGUGUCUAGAUUAUGUCAACUAAGUUAAGCUGUGUGUAAUCAUUAAGAUGAUGAUUCCUUAUUGGUUGACUGCUGUACCUAGUUUAUGUUAAUUAAGAUAAGCUGUGUGAAAUUAGUUAUGUAUAUAUACCCCUACUGUCCUACAAUAAACGGCUCCCACUCCUGCUGUAUCAACCUUCACAAGUUGCUCGUCACCCCCCCCCCCCCCCCCCCGUUAGUUUGCUGCAGCCAGACUUCGGCAGUGGCUAUUGAUUGAAAGCAGGUUUCCCUUGGACCAUUUUUGUCCAUGCCUGGUGGCAUUUUCAAGUGUCCAGUUUCUUCAGCUUCAAGUCUGGAAUAUAUGAAGCAAAAAGAAAAUCUAGGGAACUCACCGUGAUGGUGUUUCAUGAGUCAUAAGGUCUUGAUCCAGUCUUUCUCUUUCCUUUCCUCUCCGCCUUAUGUUUGUUUUGCAUAUAACGUCCAAGAUUUUUAGUCUUAACAUUUUCUAGAAGGAAUAGGAAAACAUAUGUCUACUCCAUUUCCCUGGAAGCAUAGUCUCAACUGAUAUUUUAUGAGGUAAUGAAACAUUUAAUUCAAUGAAGAAAGGGUUAUUUUUUCAAUAAAUGGUGCUGGAACAAUUGGGUAUCAUGUGCAAAAAAAAAAAAAAAGAA